AUGUCUAGGCCCAACAUGUCGGCCAUCCGCGCCGCCUCGGCCCGAAGCGGACGCCACCUCUCCACCCUCACCGCACCGGCACGCUACGCUCGUCCAUCUCCCACCGCCGUCGCUGCCACCGCCGCCAACGCCUCCUCCCUACACACACAGGCACGCACUGCACGGACACCGCCUAUGACGCAGCGCCACCUGCAGCGGGGCUUCCACAGCUCGCCGCGCCGCUCCAACACGCCCAAGUCGCCCUUCCAGGCGUUCGUCGACACGCUGCGCGAGGAGCUGAAAAAGAACCAGGAGAUGCAGGAGAACAUGCGCCAGCUCCAGGGCGACGUCGGAAAGAUGCAGGACAGCGAGACGAUGAAAAAGAUGCGCGAGGCCUACGAGCGCGCCCGCAUCAUCACCUCGAUCAAGGAGAACCCGCGGCUCCAAAAGGCCGCCGAUGCGCUGCGCAAGAGCGGAGGUCAGGUCGGCGACGCCGUCGGCGCCACGCUCCGGCAGAUGGAGGACAGCGAGCUGAUCAAGGGCCUUGGAGCCAUCUCGUCGCGCAUCUCUCGCCAGCUCGAGGAGUCGACAGCGCCCAUCCGCAACACGCAGGCCUACCGCGACCUCUCCCAGACGCUCGUCGAUGCCUUUGAUGACGGCGGAUCGGCGCUGCGCAUCUAUGCCUCGGCCGAUGCCGAUGCCGCCACGGUGCGAAGAAUCAAGCGCGAGGCACGCCUCAAGAAGAUUGGCCGGCCACCACCGAGCGCCGAUGUCGACUCGCCCGAGGCGGCCGAGGCCAUCAUGAAGGCACACGCCGCCGCGGCAGAGGGUGCCGAGGCAGACGAGGCCGCUGCCGAGGACCCGAUCAAGAAGGCCGCCGAGGCCGGGCAGAGGGCGGCGAGCGAGAGCGCAAAGCAGGCCGCCGCCGAGGACGCCGGAGGCGACGCCUCGUCCGCACCGUCCUCGUCGUCGGCGCCCGGCGCCGCCAAGCCGCGGCCGCAGGGCUUUGCGGUCCGCGUGCGCGCCGUGACUGAAAACAGCGAGGCGGGCCAGGCGCUGGUGCUGCGGCCGGAGCCGGCGUACAAGCAGGCGUGGUCGUCGUUCAAGUCGUCGAACCCGCUGAUGCGCAAGCUGGGCGAGAUGCGCGAGGCCUACGACGAGUCCGAGAACCCGGUCGUGGAGCGGGUCCGCGGCGUUACCGAGUGGAUCGGCGGGCUGUUUGAGGAAAACGAGUUCGCGCGGGUCACGCGGACCAUGAAGACGCUCGACCCGUCGUUUUCGAUGGAGAGCUUCACGCGGGAGCUGCGCGAGUACGUGGUGCCCGAGAUCAUCGACGCCUACCACGGCGCGCAGCGGCACCUGCUGCGGCAGUGGUGCGGCGAGGCGACGUUCAACCUGCUCAUGGCCACCGUGGACCCGUACCUGACCAAAGGCUACCUGCCCGAGGGCCGGCUGCUCGACCUCAAGGGCAUCGAGAUCCUCCAGGCCAAGAUGCUCGAGAACAACGUGGCGGUGCUCGUGGUGAGCUUCACCAGUCAGGAGCUCAUGUUUUUCAAGGACCCCAAGACGGGCGAGGUGGCGGCGGGUAGCGCCGACCGCGCCGAAAUGUGCCGCUACGCCAUGGUCCUCACCCGGCUCGAAGAGGAGCUCGACAACGAGAUCACUGGAGGAUGGAAGGUGGUCGAGCUCGCAAGGAGGGGACAGGCCGCCUACCUCUAG